GGAUCGGGCGGCGGCAGCGGCGGCGGCGGCGACGACGACGCAGGUCGGGCCACCGCGCGGCCACCUCAGGUCCCAGAGCGGCCGCAGCGCAGCCGGGCCUCGAACCCGGUGUGCGUCCCCGGUGCGCGCCCCUCCGCGCGCGGCCCCGAUGCUGGACAUGAGCGAGGCCCGCGCCCAGCCGCCCUGCAGCCCGUCUGGCACCGCCAGCUCCAUGUCGCACGUGGAGGACUCGGACUCGGACGCGCCGCCGUCGCCCGCCGGCUCCGAGGGCCUUGGCCGCGCGGCAGGCGCGGGGGGCGGUGGCCGGGGCGAGGCGGCCGAAGCGGCGGACGAGCGCUUCCCGGCCUGCAUCCGAGACGCCGUGUCGCAGGUGCUCAAAGGCUACGACUGGAGCCUGGUGCCCAUGCCGGUGCGCGGCGGCGGCGGCGGCGCGCUCAAGGCCAAGCCGCACGUGAAGCGGCCCAUGAACGCCUUCAUGGUGUGGGCGCAGGCGGCGCGCCGCAAGCUGGCCGAUCAGUACCCGCACCUGCACAACGCCGAGCUCAGCAAGACGCUGGGCAAGCUGUGGCGCUUGCUGAGCGAGAGCGAGAAGCGCCCCUUCGUGGAGGAGGCCGAGCGGCUGCGGGUCCAGCACAAGAAAGACCACCCGGAUUACAAGUACCAGCCGCGCCGGAGGAAGAGCGUGAAGAGCCAGGGCGACGGGGACUCAGGCACUGAGCUGGGCCACCACCCCGGGGGAGCCGUGUACAAGAGCGACUCGGGCCUCGGCGACACGCACCACCACAGCGACCACGCAGGGCAGACCCACGGGCCGCCCACCCCGCCCACCACUCCCAAGACAGACCUGCACCACGGGGGCAAGCAGGAGCUGAAGCUGGAAGGCCGCCGCCUGGUGGACAGCGGGCGCCAGAACAUCGACUUCAGCAACGUGGACAUCUCGGAGCUGAGCAGCGAGGUCAUCGGCAACAUGGACACCUUCGAUGUCCACGAGUUUGACCAGUACCUGCCCCUCAACGGCCACUCGGCCCUGCCCGCAGACCAGCCCACCGCUGCCAGCUCCUACGGGGGAACCUCCUACUCACACUCCGGCAUCGAGGCGUCCCCCGUGUGGGCCCACAAGGGAGCCCCGUCAGCCUCGGCGUCGCCUACCGAGGCAGGCCCCCCGCGGCCGCACAUCAAGACGGAGCAGCUGAGCCCCAGCCACUACGGUGACCAGUCACACGACUCCCCGGGCCGUGCCGACUACAGCUCCUACAGCGCCCAGGCCAGUGUCACCACAGCCGCCCCCGCCGCGGCCGCCAGCUCCUUCACCAGCUCGCAGUGCGACUACACUGACCUGCAGGCCCCCAGCUACUACAGCCCGUACCCCGGCUACCCGGCCAGCCUCUACCAGCACCCCUACUUCCACUCGUCCCGCCGGCCCUAUGCCUCACCCCUGCUUAGCGGGCUCUCCGUGCCGCCUGCCCACAGCCCCCCUAGUAACUGGGAUCAGCCCGUGUACACCACCCUGACCAGACCCUGAGGGCGCUGUGGCCGCAUGGAGGGGCCCGCGUCGGCUGUCGGCUGAGGCGGACUUUAUCUUGGCGAAGACGGCCGGGGCCUCGGAGGCCCUCGGGAAGUUGCGCGUGGAGCGGAGGAGAGGCGCGCUUGGUGUGCACGGCUCGUCAGUGCCUGCUGGGGUCUGCGGGGAGCUGGCUUUGUAGCCCAGGCCACUUUGCCUGCAGAUCUCCAGACUCCCAUCAACGGACACAGCCCUCCUUUCCUUCUCUUUCUUUGUGGGGACUGGCAACUCCGAAACGAAGGACGGCCAUUGGGUCCUCUUCUGCACAGACACCGGCACCUUGUUCUGUACCUCGGUGGGCGCAAAGCAGCAGGCACAGCCCAAAGGACAAAAGAAGGGAAGGGACAAGGGGUCUCCGGCCGCCUGCCUUCCGAGGUCCUGGCCAGCCUUGGCACUGAGACACCCCAGGACCAACGACGACAUCCCCACGGCAGGGGGGCACCCGCAGCCUGGUGGGCACGCGUCUGCAGGAGCACCUGUGGGGACCAGCCCAUCAGAUCCGGGUGAUCCUUGUAGCUAGGGUUCUCCUGAGCGAGGUUUGGCUGUGACUAACACUUCUCUCCUUUUAUUUUAUAAUUUUUAUUUUUGAAGCUUAAACGUGUUUGGUUUUGAAAGCUGUUAAAAUGUAUUUAUGUUCUGUAUUAUUUUAUCUGUAAUUAAUGAAUUGAUUUGUGCAGAGAGUAGAAUUUAAGACAAGACGGAAGCCGGGGAACCGAGGGGGAGGGCGAGGACGGCAGGGGGCCUAGGGCCUUUGCCCUGGGCAUUUUGGGGGUGCCGCGGAGGUCCCCGAGCUCCAGGCCCCCUGGGGGGGCGGCUGGGCCCCUGAGGGAGGAAAAGGAUCUGCCUCAUAGUCUCUGAUCAGGUUGGGGACCCAGGCACCUCGGAUGAAGUUGAGUUUUAGCGGGUGUGGGCGUCGCUGAAUUUCCCCCCUGCCCACCGCUGGUGCCAAGCAGUAGAGACGGGAACUUCCUGGGAGGACGCGGUGGCUGCAAAACGCGUUAAUCCCGGCUCUUAGGAACCAGGCGCCACCUCCAAGCUGUGAAACUGAAACCUUCUCCACUAAGCGAGUUUAGAUUCUUAGUUUUAGGUGAGUAACGCCUGACUGACCUGCCUGCUUCCGCUGUGUGCUGAGCAAAGAUAACCGCCUACUUCACGGAAACUUGUGCCUUUAAGACUUUGUCAAUUGAAAGACAUCUGAGAUGUUGCUCCUUUUUACUUUUUCUACUUUUUCCUACCAUUUUCUAGAAGAAAAAAAAUUUUUUUCUUUUUUUUUUUUUUUUCGGCGUAUCUCUUUCUGGGGGUGGGGGCAGGGAACUAUAGCAAACCCGUUUUUACGCCAUCUAUUUUUUGGUGUCGAGUUUGGACUUUCGCUGUCACUUACCUGCUGUGUUUCGCUACUUUCUGACCAAGCAAAGCUAACUUUUGUACAGAUCGAUUUGAUAAAAUUAAAAAAAAAACGCUUUUUAUCUA